AUGCCUGGAUGCUUUAAGAAAAUUAUAUUUUCUCUGGCUUCUGCUUUCAGUUUGGUCUCCUUUUUGUUGAUAAUCGUUGCCAUGGCAACUCAGAAAUGGAUGACUGGAAAAACCCUUUGUCAAACAGGAGUUGACUUGGUUAAUGCGUCGGAUCCAGAACUGGUGAAAUUUAUUGGGGACAUUUACUAUGGAAUCUUCCAGGGUGGAAAAGUGAGACAGUGUGGCUUGGGAAAGCGAGUUUUCACGUUCACUAUUUUUCCAGACAUGGUGAAAACUCUGAACACCUCUCUCCACGUGGCAAUAAUCCUCUUCCUCUUCUCAGCUAUUGCUUUUGCACUCGUCAGUUUUGGGUUCUGUGUCCACAAUAUACUAAAGGCUCCUUAUCGCACUAUUAAAGGCCCUGCUGGAAUAUGCCUAUGGAAUUUAAUUGCAGGUUUGUUCAUUGUAUUUGCUAUAACAAGCUUUAUUGCUGCCGUUCAACUCCAUCAACUCACAGAAAGAAUAGCAAACUUCCGUGAAAACGUUUUCAGGAUAGUCAUCUUGGAAGAAAAGUAUGAAGACUCCUUCUGGUUAUGUGUGGCAAGCGGAGCAACACACGCUGUAAACAUGCUGCUAAUGGCAGCGAGUGCGAUCCGCCUCCCUAAAUUUAAGACUAAGACAGAAGAAGCAAAUGUGGCUCCAGAGGACAUCAUGUACUAA